AUGAGGUGGUUUGACCGUUUGAGGGCAGGUGCCAUCGAUUCCUUCAAGGAACUCACUCAGGCGUUUAGAUCCCGUUUCAUUAGGUGCAGCAAGGUUCCUCGGCCUUUAGCUUCCUUGUUAUCCUUGUCCAUGAGAGAAGGAGAAACCCUGAAAACAUAUUCGGACAGAUAUUGGGAGAUGUUCAACGAGAUAGAUGGUGAUUUUAAUGAUGUAGCCAUCGGCACUUUCAAGCUCGGCCUACUUGCCGUGCAUGGCUUAAGGAAGUCUUUGACUGGGAAACCUGUUACUAGUAUUCGCCAACUCAUGGAUCAGAUUGAUAAGUACAAGAAAGUUGGGAAGGACCAGCAGCAGGGUAGAAGAAAGAGUAAGGUUAUCCUUCAGGAGAGGAGGGAUUUCAGGUCGGACUGCUACAACAAUGACAAACCUCGGAGGGAUUUUGCUGGGUAG